GGAAAGUACCAACACUCUCUAUAUAAAGAACCAAUUACCAAAACUCAAAUGCUUUCCUUUGCCAUCACAAAAUUUCUUUAUCUUUUCUCAUUGUUGUAAGGUCGUUGUUUAUGAUUAGCAUGGAGAACAAAGGUUUUAAUGUUAUACUUAUGGUACUUUUUCUGGGUUUAUGUUGUCUUCUGAUUUCUUGUGCUACUGUUCCUGCUAUAAGUAAGGGAAAUCUCAACUCAAAUAAGGAACUACUCCUUUCUUCCGCACGAAAUUUACUUGCUCAGGAUGUGAAAAAAUCAAGUGAAGCUGAGGAAAUGUUUGAGGAAUAUUUAGGACAUAAAUUCAAUGAAGAAAGGAUGCUAAUAGAAACAACAGAUUAUCCACCACCUGGUCCCGACCCCAAGCAUGAUCCCCAUGCUCCUCCUCCUCCCCAAUCAUGAAAAGAAAAAAAAAACUAAAGUCUAAACUUUUAUAUUUAAUCUAAAUAAUCUUAUAUGUAACUUUUUAGUUAUUGCAAUAAAUAAAUUCCUUAUUUUAUA